UACAAAUCUAUUACAUUUAUUGAGAACAUGUACAAGUACGCUUUGUUAUGCGCUGCUGUGAUGCUAAUGUCAGGUGUUUUUGCUGACGACUCCACAUCAUUCAGUAAAGACUGUUUCAAUAUCAGUGGAACUAUUUCUUUUAACAUUACAUACAAGAUGGCUGAUGACAAACUGAACUCGUACGAAGUAAUGCUGACGAAUGCCUCUACCAUUUCCAACUUCAACUGUAAACAGACAGAGGGACCUAUCAUGGCAGUGAUUAGCGAGGGAGGAAGUGACCUCACCAUUGAGUUCGAUAUUAACAAGAACAAGACUAAAGUGGCAAGUAUGGACCCCCAACACUGGGGAGUCAGCAAGAUGAUCUACGAGUAUACACUUAGCCCUGCUGAUGUCAAAACAGUGGGAAGAAGACAAGCUACAGCGAUUGGUUCCUACUUCGUAACACCCAUCAACCAUACUUACUCCUGCAGCAAACAGCAGGUAAAACUGGAGAAUGUAACGAUACCAGGUGCUAAUGAUACCUCAGUUGAAGGAGAGUUUAUCAACUUUAGUGAGACAGGUCUCACCAUCAGAGUAGGCCCUCUUUUACCGGAUACUACUGAUUACGAUUACCACUACUGCAAGGCUGACCAGAAAGUGAAAGAUAUUGUUCCGAUAGCAGUUGGUGUUGCUCUCGCGGCUCUUGUCGUUAUUGUUCUUGUUGCUUAUCUGAUUGGUCGAAGGAGAACUGUUGCUGCUGGAGGUUACGAAAGGGUAUAGUUAAACAGAUCAACACAGAAAACAAUCCAGUCUUCUAGAACGAUUCAGAAAGUUCCAUUACAAUCCAAAGGCUCCCAUUACAACUCAGAGAUCUAAAACAAUUCAUGUAAUAUUGUGGGACAAUUUUCAGGCUCUGUUUUGAAGUUUCACGUUAACGUUCAUUCAAAAUAUUGUGUUUCGGAAUCAUUUGUAAGAUUUUUAUGUUGAAAUAAUUUUAAAAUCCCUCGACGGUUUAAGCACACGUGUGCAUUGCAUUAUAAAAAUGUCUAGCUUUUUGCUAAAUUUUGAGUUCAAAAUUAUAGUAAGACUUUCAAUUUGAUGUUUUGUUAUUCAGUAUAUUGUAUAUCAAGUGAUCGCAAAUGAGACCUUUUCUCAUAAAUGAUGUGUUAUUGUCAAGUAUGGUAUUUGUUUGAGAAAUUUUCGUGGAAUCAUUUUUUAUUUUCAGAACAUAAAAACAUAAUUUGAUUUGGGAUUAAGCCAGAAUUCGGCCAUUUCAUACUAUCUUUACACUUCAUAGUCGUUUUUAUACAAAGCUCUGUAGAAAAUACACCAGUGUGAGCUAACGAACCGUUUAAGAAUGGCUUAAUAUUAAUUCUUAAUUUAGUGCAUGCUGAGUUUGUAUCAAUGCAUAUUUAGAAUUUGAGGGAGACUGAGGAUGUCAUUGGCGAUUAGCAAAAUGAGAAGAGGUUAAACCGUUAUCGGUUCAGUCGAGAUCAGAUAAUUUUGUUCGAAUUGCAAACAUUACUAUAUCUUAAAAUCUGCAGCGCCCAGCGGUCGUAAAAUUUUGUAUUGGCUUGAUUCUUUGUUAUCUGACUUGAGUUAUGAUAAACUUUUCUACAAUGUAAAUUAUGGAAUA